AUUCUUCCUUGCUCAUUAACCGGAAGUGAGAACAAGCGCGGUGUUUAGUUUUUGCAUCAACAAUGAUAGAGGAUCACCAGGGCAGCGAUUACUUUCUAGAAAUUAAAGACAUUGUCCAAGUGGUAGAAUUUUCUCCAUUCGAAUGGUCAAGCAACUUAUUAGCUGUAGGCACGACGUCAAGAGUCAUCGUGGGUUCUUGCAGAUUUCAGGAAGAAGAUAAAGAGGUGGAUGGGUUGCAAUUUGAGCAGUUGAGAGAUUUUCAUCAUGGGCCAAGAGUAACAGCAAUAGCGUGGAGUCCACAGACAGCACUAGCGAUUAUUCCCAGAAUUUUGAGGUUGGUGACAGCAGGAGGGGACAGGAUAUUGCGUCUUUUCAAGUCUGACCUAAAAAAUGAAGAUGCUGUACAGCUACUGGAAGGACACACAGACUAUGUGAAUGAUGUUGUAUUUGAGCCUGAGAAGGGUGACCAGUUGGCCAGUGUUAGUGAUGACCAUACCUGUAGAGUAUGGGACUUGAGUGGAGUACAGAAGGCUUCUUUCCCUCUUGGUUCAGCGGGAAUGAGUAUUAAGUGGCAUCCAAUGGACUCUUUGAAAAUAAUGGUGGGAGAAAAGAAUGGCACCAUACGUUUCUACAACCUACUAAGCCAGCAGCCUCUUUUAUCAUUAGACUGCACAAGUAAACCUCUGAGGUCUGCAGACUGGUGCCUGGGGGAUGCUCUCAAAGUGGCUGUGAUGGGAGCAGGGGACCUUCUUAUUUUCGAUACAUCGAGAUCAAGCCUUCCUGUUGAAAAGAAACCCAUUUUCAGUGAAGGAGGCAAACAAGCACUAUGGUGUAAAAGCAAUCCGAACAUUGUAGCAACAGUUGGAGCACCACAAGGGCAAAUCAAAGUAUUAAAUACAAAGUUCAACCAGGUGCUAUUAAAUGUGACCUGUCCAGUUUCCUAUGGUUUGUCGUGGCAUUUUAGAAUGCCGAUACUGGUGGCCGGGGUUGAUAGACAACUGAAAUUUUGGGUGAUACAUUCCACAUGAUGAUACUAGGCUAUAAGUACAAGAAAAAGAUUUUAAUUUCUUCAGAACAUUUAGUGUCAUUCAUAUCAGCCUUCAAGUAAUUGUUGCAAGGCAUAGACACUGUCAUGAAAAAAUCGUGCAAAGUAUAUCAUGUGGAAAUACUAUUUACAACCAAGUGCAUCAAGAGAUAUUAAUAAAAUUAUGAAAAAUAUGCAGAGCCGAAUGCUAUAGACAUUUUGACAAACCAAAAGAGAAAGUGGUUUAUUUUAAUUAAAAUAUUAUUAACUAUUUCACUUAAAAAUCUUUUUUAAGGGAAAUAAAAUAAACAACUUGUC